AAGGCACAUAAUUUUUUAGUUACCGUUUGUAAAUUCCAGACGAAUUUUGAGCUCUGCAAACAGACAGCAGCAGAGUGCGAAAAAAGAAAUGCUGUCUACUAGGUGUUGAUUAAAAUCAAAGGGUUAACUUUAAUAUAGCUCUCGUGGUAGCGGAGUUCGCUUGUUCCAAGGGCUCGGACUGCGCUCAUUUUUUCAUUCGUCCGCCCACGUAUUUACCUCGGCCCUCCCUAGCGACUGAAAACAUGGACCAAGCUAUAGCGGACUGAAUUUGAGCCUGCUUAGUCAAACCACAAUGUUAACGCCAUUCAGUACGCGAAAUUUUAAAAUGGAUUUAACAGCUUAUUUUCUCCUUACACAAAGGUGAUGUUUCUUAACUUUAUCACAAAACCAUAUAAAACAAACUUCUAACGCACUUUGUUUCGUGAUAAAUAAUUUGUAAGCCGUCGUACAUUGCGUCGGGAAAAGAGGAAACGGAGCGAAAUGUCAGCGAGCCUCAAGAGAGUUCAGAAAACGGUCUGCAGAUGGCGCGCGCUUUGACUGGUUGAAAGUAAAACCGUACGCGUUUCUGUCUAAUUAGACUACAAACCCGAGCUUACUAAAAUCGAUAGAAACCAGGAACAAAUAGUGAAAUAGUUUGGACAUAACCAAGAAGCAAACAGAACAUCCAUAAAUGAAUCUAUUGAAGGUAUGUGAUUUACGUUUUCAACAAUGAUAAACGAAAAAACUGUGCGCGCGCUCACGUGAUUGACUUUCGAUCGAUAGAUUGGGGCUGCAACUGCGCAGCCAAUCAAAUUUUCAGUUUUCUCCACAAUCGGCCAAUAGCCUGUCAAAACACAGAAAUCAAAAACAAAAAAAUAUCAGUUUUUUAGCGAUAUAAAACCUUGUAAAACUGAAGUUUAGAUAACGCGCUUCAUUGCUUACGUUUGUUUCGGAUUUACUUUGACAAUUUAUAUCAAACGGAGCAUAUUAAACGGAGUUCGGCGAAUCGUUUGACAAUUAGUAAUAAACUAAAACACAUUUUUACGGCUGUUGGGUGAAGUUCCAUUUUAAUUAUUUGGUUCGAAUGUUCUUAAACGUUGCGCGUGCUUUUCGUCAUAAAAAGGAGUUUAAUAACGUCAUGAACGUAACCAAGACAACUGAAACAGUUCGCUUUUCUCAAGAGACUUUGAUAAGAGCUUAGUGCUUCGGACGUACAGGAGAAAGACAAAGAAUUUUCAGUUUUACAACAUGUGUGGGUCUUUGCUAUCAAAAUUCGCUGGACGCGGGAAUCAAGUCGCGCCAGCGGAUGAGUCAGCUUUCAGAAAACCCAAACGAGUUCAGGGAAAAACAAAACUUGCGGAGGAGACAACAUCAAUCCGCGAGUCCAGUCCGGUGGAUAAAUUAUCAAUCUGCGAGUCCAGUCCUGUGGAUAAAUUAUCACGCAGCGACUUGGGAGUUAAGGAAAAACCAAAUGCGGCAUCGGUAAGAAACUCAAAAGAAGCAUUUGAGGCGGAAAGCUCCGCAAACAGUGAAGCGAAGGGAAUUCAAGAAUCGUCACCCGGUAAUGAAAAAGAUGCCGAGGCAAGAGCCAUGGACAGUGCGGCAGCCAUUCUGUCAGCACAGAGAGCCAUAGGUUCAAGUGACAAGAAGAUACGCGCAAUGCAGAGCGCUAAAGAAAUUUUGGAAGCUCAGAUUGACAGCGGGCCUUCAAGUUCCACCACCAUCGCUUCCCAGCCUGUGAGUUCCACGCGAUCAGUACUCAUGGGUGCAACCUCAAACGCCAUUGCUUUUGAAGUCCUUGUUGGGCAGAGGCCAACAGCCCGCCCUUUAAGCAGGGUUCCACGGCGCCUAAGCAAGUUGGAGAGCCAGCCAAGAGCGUCAACAAAACAAGUGAAUGCUAAACUUCUGGCUGCAGAAGAACGCAAACUCAGAGAGCUGGAAAACAUCCGAGCCCGCGCAUCCAGCAGGGCAGGAGGUAACAGACCACACCCAGCAGAGGCUGCUUCCAAAGCUACUGCCCAGAAAAUUGCUUCCAAGCAAGCUGUCGCCGAGAGAAACAGGAAUGACAUGAUCGCUUCAAAGAAGCAAUCCGGAAAUAAAUCUUCAAGAAAACGGAACAAGAUUGCUGCUUCCCAGGCUUCCGCCAAGGAAGAGCUGCAGUCCGCCAUUGAACAGAAAAUGGAGAAGGCUGCGCAAAGGAAGGCGGCGAAAAAACAACAACGACAAAAUCAGAAAAACCUGAGAGCAGAGCGCACGAGGAGAGUCAGAGAAAACGUAAGUCGCUAUUUUCUAGACGUUUGACAAGCCAUUCUUUAAGCUAACUUUCGCGCCUUUUCUUGAAUUUGCCAGAUUGAACGCAUGUUAAGAGAGGAGGAGAAGGAAGUACUUGAAGAUCUUCGGGAACUGGAAGCAGAUCAAGCUUACUGUGCCUCUGACAGCGACGAGUCGUGGGGAGAUAAAGAUGACACCGUCGUCUACGAGUGGGAGGACUUCUUCCAAGACUAAUUAGUCCAUUAGGACUAAUGCCCUGUCAAUAACUGACAGUGGCUCUGAACGUGAAAGCGAGCAUAACGUCACGGAGAAUUUACGAUACAAAAACUGAAAAAAGAGGAUUCCAAAUCACGUACUUGUCUCAAAAUUCUAAAUGCUAAUUCUGAACUUGGUAAUUCAUCAACUGUGAACUGAUUAACAGAGAGAAAACACGACGAGGAGUCGUGAUUCCAGAGAACGGAUGUUACCACCUUCCAGUCCAGCUGUCUCUCAUCAAUGCUUAAAUCACUUUACACUGAAGUUAAUCUGUACUCUUUAAUAACACUUGAUUGAACUACUGUAGCAACAUUUUCAUCCCCCCUCCCCCUCUCUGUAAUGCGUCCCCUCCCUUUCCCCUCCACGUACAUUUGUGACGUGUGUUAGUGUUACAGUAGUACAAUUAGUUUCCUCUCGCUAUCCUGGCCUAAUAAUGUUUGCUUGUUGAGACAUAACGUGAAGCGUUGUUAAAUAAACAAACAAUGUGUGAGCCUCAAUUUGUGUGGUUUUAUUGUGCUUAACCAAUCGUGCGGUUUCUUUGUCUGUGAUUUUCAAAUUGACCAUUUCCCAACUUGAAUUAUAAUGUAAGGAAUGACUCUUAUUUUAGGGGAAAAUGGAAAUGAUUUUCGGGCUAGUAAAUCCUAGGUAGAGCUUACUCAAAGGGCAAUGUCGAAAAUUUGUUUUCUUUGCACCCUGUGAACUAUUUUUGUUGUUGGAUAUCCAUUACCACUAAGACCCUUGUCAUUUCACCAAGAUGAGUUUUCCUCCUCUUUCACACACUUUUUCUUCAAUCUCUGACGACAGGUAGUUAAUUAUGACGCUGUUUAAAUUAAGAUCUCUAUUCAGCAGAAAGAAAUCGUGUUUACAAAAGUAAUUAAAGCUCACUCACAAGAAAAACAAUUGAUACAAGCUCUUGGAAUAGCACUUAGAAAGAAAAAGAAAAAAAUCUGCGUUCACAGCUGU